GGCUGCCCGCGGUGAGCAGGAGCGGAGUCGCGUCGUUAGCGAGGAGGGAGCUUUCGUGUUUUUAGGAGUUCCAAUCUCAUGUAUUCUUUUUUGGAUAAUUAAAAAAAAAAAAAGCUUUUGCAUGUAUUAGUGCUCUAAUAGCCACUUGAUUUGGCGCUGGCUCUGGGUAGCGUCUCUUGUAGCACGAGUCUGUAUUGCCUCCCUGCCUGCCUCGGGGCGGCUCCGCGUGGCGCGUGAAUGGGGUCCCCUGGGUAUCCACCGCGGGGAAAGCUGCUGCCGGAUCGGGGAUGGGAACGGUGUUAGUUCCAGCUAAACCUCAGUCUGCAGUGUGCUGGAGGGUUUUUUUGUACAAAGCCUCUCUCCUCUUUUGACAUUCGGUUGUUUUUCAGUUGUCUUCUGUGACUGAGAAGGAUUAGUCAAAGUUGUUAAUUUAACUGAGUGAUCUACUGUUUUUAUUAUUUGUCUUGUAUUUGUUUUUUAAACAUAACUUACCUGUGCGGAGUGGUGAUUAAGUGUAUGAUGUGGUGAGAAUUUGACCUUUCUCGGCGCUAUUCCUAGUGGCGAUCUUAGAUUUCUACUUGUUUGGUUUUGAUGUGACUGAUCAUGGUAACUUAUGUCUUACCUUUGGGAGCAGAAGUAACUACUCUGGUACCAAAUUUUCCUUUGAAAGCUAUAUCGUCUUUUACAUGAAGAUAAUGUUUAGAGGUAGAAGGUGUUGUUUUUUUUUUUUCCCCCUUUGGCCAAAGCUUUAAAGCAGCUACCCACUUAUUAAUCCGAAUUGUCUUCGUCGGUUGACUGCACGUUUAAAAUGCAUGAAACUUAUUCAAAAAUUGUUUUGGUGGAUGUAUGACGGUAUAUAAAUAAAUCAGUUGAUCCUUUUGCUUCAGUUUUGAAAUAGCGGACCUGUUGAACAUUCUUCUAAAGUAUUUGCUUUAGAGGAAUCUUCUAAAUGGAUGGUGCCAGUCAACAUAAAGUAAUUGGUCUGUUGUGAUCAAUGGUUCCUUUGGAAAUCUCUUAUUAAGUUUUUUUCACUGACAUACUGCCCAAAAUCACAACAGAUAGCUAUUAUGUUAUGUGCUGAAGGUCCUUUGUUUUUUUGCAUGUUAUAUUUGCUUAACUUACAGUGUGUUUUUACUGGUACAGUUAAAUUGAUGGAAAAGCCGGUAUGGAAUACCGCAGCCAAGUUGCUUUGAUUUGCCCUGUUUCCUCUAUUACAAAAGUGUGCUUAUAUGAAUACAGCUACUUAAAAAUGAAGUUUGGCCUUGGCCGGAUCUGGCAAAUGGAGUCGGUAAUAGAGGUCUCAGAGCUUAGCUGACAAGGCCCUGUCACCAGUCUCUAGGCUGGUAAUUAUGAUGAUUAUUUAGCGUACAAUAAUAAUAAAUAACAAUAAAUAGAAAUAUGUUAUCUCGUAAAGCAUCUCUUAAUAUGCUAUAGAAUGUUAACAUGUUGAAUUUUACUUAGAAUUCUAUAGUCAUUGUAACCAUACCAUGGAAAGCAUGAUAACAUGUGGUUCGGUUACCUGCCUUCUGUUUCCACAUGGAUCUCUGUACCUUUUCUACUGUUUUUACAUAGGCCUAUUAGGAAAAUUUCCUUAGGCGCUAACAAGGGUUAAUUAUUUCUCUAAAUUAUCAUCUUAGUGACUUGAGAACCAUUUAGCCACGCAGGCAUAUCAAACAUCAGGUGAAAUAGUUGAACUUCUUUCUGUUUUACAUGAAUAUUUUACAGAAAUACAUCUGCAACUUAAGAAAGUAGAUUUUAAAAAUCUAAGUAAAACCAGGGCUGAAAAAUCAUCUCACAAACAACUAAUUAACGUGAAGAAUAAAUAAAACAAAGUAAGAGGUGGCUGUGAUUUGGUGACAUGACCAAAAGAAAAAGUCAUCGCCAUAUGUAGAGAAGGCUCCAGACUGCCAGCUUGUGGUGAGUGUAGCAGUGUUGGGGUAGUGCUCAUGUAAGGAUAUAGGUUCUCCAUAAACCCUGCAGUCUGAGCUGUAAGUAUGUGAAAUAGCAGUCUUUUAGUAAGAUGUAUAUCGGAAAGGCCUAUGCAAGGCAUCUGGAAAAGAAGAAAGCAAAAACUUUCGUAUUUAAUCUUAGUAGAGUAAAUGUAGGGCUUUCCCCCCUGCCUUGCACCUUUUAUAAACUUGUGUUAUCUGUUUUAGAUAUUGUGAAUAAACACGUUUAUUUGUACGUUUAACUUAACUUGACAUGAAUUAAAAGUGAUUUCAAAGUAACUGAACAUCAAUAAGUCAUUCCUCAUUCUAGACUGUAGUGACUUUAUAAACUGCUCCCUCUAACAAUCUGCGGAAUGCCUUGCUCCCUGGUGCGUUCUGUGGAGUGUCAGAAGUUUAAGAAAGCACGAUCCCGAAGAAACUGUUUGGGUUCUCUGGAAUAUAGGUGUCAGAUUCAGAGAAGAAGGGAGCUUCACCCAAGUAGCCAUAAGUAACUUGCUCUCUGUCCCUGUCAAUAAUAGGGAGGAAGCUGAAUUUAGAAGGCUCUCGGGGAGGCUAUACUAAGAGCCUAAGAUCAUUUGGCAACUAAAUUAAAUCUUAGUCUCAAUUACUACUACUCAAAACUGUAAAUAUUUCUUUAAAAUGAGCACUUCUCUGUCAAUAGUCUUUGUUAUGUUUUUAUUAGAAGAUUGUGGAGCUUCAAUUACUGCAGAUGGACCUUUGUGUUCUGUAGUCCCAGUGUCUCUCUGGCCGCUGUACUGUUGGUCUUAAUCUAAAUUUUUCCUUUCUUCCAUCCAUUUCUUGGUAGGGAAGAUAACAUUGAUACUGUAAUGACGAACUGAUGUGGUUCUGUCUUCCUGAAUUUGUAUACCAUUGGGAAUAUUGAAUGUUUUAAUGGGAUAUCGAUAACACCAGUGUAAGUAGUAUUAACUGUUUUGAUGCUGUUAUCUAAUUUUAGCAGAAUUGUGCAGCUAAUGUGUUUAUCUCCAAACCUACUCCAAUAAUCUUGUUUUCCCUACUGAAUCACUCAAACUUCAGCUCCACCUCUGACAAUUUCUAUAUCAGUGAUGCAUUUUCAGUAUUAAACCGUGACGACAAAAACUGAUGAGAUAGUAUCAUCAUCAUAUCAAAAAAGAGAUGAUACUGGUUAAGUCAAGCACAGAGGAUUGCUACCUUUCCUAUGCAUUAAGAUAGUAUAUUUAAUAAAAUACUUUUUUUCUUUUUGUACAGGAUCCAGCCUCUUCCAGGGCCCUGGGUAGACUGUGCAAACUUAAUCAUCAAAACCUUAAAAUAAAGGUCAGCGGUACUGAAUUUGGAUGUCCAGUUUAAUUUCACAAGGAUGUAAACAUUACCAAAUGAGGAGAAAAGGAAGAUGUCAUCGAGUAUCGGCAGCAAGGCAUUCUUCUUCCCCAUGCAGUAUUAAGCACUCCCCCACACGAGAAACCUUGACGUACGCUCAAGCUCAAAGAAUGGUUGAAAUAGAAAUUGAAGGUCGCCUGCAUAGGAUCAGUAUCUUUGAUCCGUUAGAGAUUAUAUUAGAAGAUGAUCUUACAGCCCAGGAAAUGAGUGAAUGCAACAGCAAUAAAGAAAAUAGUGAAAGACCACCAGUUUGUCUAAGAAGCAAACGGCAUAAAAAUAACAAAGUGAAAAAGAAAAAUGAAGUUCUUCCAAGCUCACAUGGUAUACCCGCUACAGCAGCUCCACUUCCAGAACCAAAAGUACGGAUUGUUGAAUACAGUCCACCUUCUGCUCCUCGGCGACCUCCAGUUUAUUAUAAAUUCAUUGAAAAAUCAGCAGAAGAACUUGAUAAUGAAGUUGAGUAUGACAUGGAUGAAGAAGAUUAUGCAUGGUUAGAAAUAAUAAAUGAGAAGCGGAAAAGUGAUGGAGUGUCAGUUGUGUCACAAAAUAUGUUUGAAUUCCUUAUGGAUAGGUUUGAAAAAGAGUCUUAUUGUGAGAACCAAAAACAGGGUGAUCAUCAGUCUUUAAUUGAUGAAGAUGCAGUGUGUUGUAUAUGCAUGGAUGGUGAAUGUCAGAACAGCAAUGUAAUCCUAUUUUGUGAUAUGUGUAAUUUAGCAGUACAUCAGGAAUGCUAUGGGGUGCCAUAUAUACCUGAGGGCCAGUGGCUCUGCAGACACUGUCUGCAAUCCCGUUCUCGGCCUGUAGACUGUGUGCUGUGCCCAAACAAGGGAGGUGCCUUUAAAAAGACUGAUGAUGAUCGAUGGGGACAUGUUGUGUGUGCUUUGUGGAUUCCAGAAGUUGGAUUUGCCAAUACAGUUUUUAUUGAGCCAAUUGAUGGUGUCAGGAACAUUCCCCCCGCCAGAUGGAAGUUAACAUGCUACCUCUGUAAACAGAAAGGUGUUGGUGCCUGCAUCCAGUGCCACAAAGCAAAUUGCUAUACUGCAUUCCAUGUGACGUGUGCUCAAAAAGCUGGCCUAUAUAUGAAAAUGGAACCUGUGAAAGAACUAACUGGCAGUGGGACAACGUUCUCUGUGAAAAAGACUGCAUAUUGUGAUGUACAUACUCCACCAGGUUGCAUACGGAGACCUCUAAAUAUUUAUGGAGAAGCUGAAAUCAAAAACGGUGUUUGUAGAAAGGAGGGAUCAGUCAGAACUGCUAGGUCUACAUCAAAAGUCAGAAAAAAGACAAAAAAGGCCAAGAAAACAGUGGUUGAACCCUGUACAGUUAUGCCAACAGUAUCUGCUCCUUAUAUCCCCCCCCAGAGAUUAAAUAAAAUUAUGAAUCAGGUGGCCAUUCAACGGAAGAAGCAGUUUGUUGAACGAGUGCACAGUUACUGGUUGCUUAAAAGGCUGUCUAGGAAUGGUGUUCCUCUGUUGAGAAGGCUGCAGUCCAGUUUACAGUCACAAAGAAACACACAACAGAGAGAAGAUGAUGAAGAAAUGCAAGCCUUAAAAGAAAAACUGAAGUACUGGCAAAGGCUGCGCCAUGAUCUUGAAAGAGCUCGUUUGCUAAUUGAACUUAUACGUAAGCGUGAAAAAUUAAAACGAGAACAGGUCAAGAUUGAGCAGGUUGCUAUGGAACUUCAGCUUACUCCAUUCACUGUACUUCUGCGGUCAGUUCUGGAUCAGCUGCAGGAAAAGGAUCCUGCUCGUAUAUUUGCUCAGCCAGUGAACCUUAAAGAGGUUCCAGAUUAUUUGGAUCAUAUUAAACAUCCUAUGGAUUUCUCUACCAUGAGGAAACGGUUAGAUGCUCAAGGCUAUAAAAACCUCAUUGAGUUUGAAGAAGACUUCAAUCUUAUCAUAGAUAAUUGUAUGAAAUAUAAUGCAAAAGAUACAAUAUUCUAUAGAGCUGCAGUGCGGUUAAGAGAUCAAGGAGGUGUUGUUCUCAGGCAAGCUAGGCGAGAUGCUGAAGGGAUCGGUUUUAAUAAUGAAACUGGAAUGCACUUACCUGAACGGCCUAAACUCGAGUCACCCCAGCCUUUCUCAUGGGAAGAUGUGGAUAGGUUACUGAAUCCUGCAAACAGAGUGCAUAUGUCCUUGGAAGAACAGCUGAGAGAGUUGCUAGAAAAGCUUGAUCUCACCUGUGCAAUGAAAUCGAGUGGGUCAAGGAGCAAAAGAGCAAAGCUGUUAAAGAAAGAAAUCAGCAUUAUUCGCAACAAGCUAAGUCAGCAACACAAUCAAGCUCCUCAAAUAGAGUCAGGUAUUGGAAGUUUUGAAGAAGAAACUGCAGCAUUAGAACAAGAAGGAGAAGAAGAAGGAGAUAAAUCUCCCCCUAAACUUGAACCAUCAGAUGCAUUACCUCUUCCUUCAAACUUGGAGACUAAUUCAGAACCACCAACCCUCAAACCAGUAGAACUCAAUCCAGAGCAGAGUAAGCUUUACAAAAGAGUAAAAUUUGAUAAUGAAUUAUAUAGCACUUCCAUUCAGAAAGAAAUAAAUGGACACACUCCAGAACACUUACUUGACAGUAAUCUCAAUGAGUCGACUGUUUCUGCUGUAGCUGAGUCAUCAACUGAUGUAAACAGACGUACAUCCAUUCUCUUCUGCAAAUCGAAAAGUAUAAGCCCCCAAAAGUCUGCAAAGAACACUGAAACCCAGCCAACUUCUCCACAGCUAGGGACCAAAACCUUUUUGUCUGUAGUCCUUCCAAGGUUGGAGACACUUCUGCACCCAAGGAAAAGAUCAAGGAGUGCAUGUGGAGAUUCUGAGGUUGAUGAUGAGUCCCCUGUAAAGCGCUUGGAUACAGGUCUGUCAAAUGGUUUUGGAGAUGGAAGUAAAGAGAGAACACUGGAUGAUACUCCUGGAAGAAAAGUUGAACCUCGUCGCCGUUGUGCUUCGGAAUCUAGUAUCUCAUCUAGUAACAGUCUUUUAUGUAAUUCAAGUUUCAGCCUACCAAAGUGUGGUAAGGGUAAACCAGCACUUAUACGAAGACACACGUUGGAAGACCGAAGCGAACUGAUAUCGUGCAUUGAAAAUGGAAACUAUGCCAAAGCAGCAAGAAUUGCAGCAGAAGUUGGGCACAGCAGUAUGUGGAUUUCAACUGAUGCUGCAACAUCCGUUCUUGAGCCUCUAAAAGUGGUAUGGGCCAAAUGCAGUGGAUAUCCCUCUUACCCAGCUCUGAUUAUUGACCCUAAGAUGCCUCGUGUUGCUGGCCAUCACAAUGGUGUUACAAUACCAGUGCCACCUCUGGAUGUAUUGAAAAUUGGAGAACAAAUGCAGACCAAAUCAGAUGAGAAGCUUUUCUUAGUACUGUUUUUUGACAAUAAAAGAAGUUGGCAGUGGCUUCCCAAAUCCAAAAUGGUGCCCCUUGGGAUAGAUGAGACCAUAGACAAGUUAAAAAUGAUGGAAGGCCGUAACUCAAGCAUUCGUAAAGCAGUAAGAAUUGCUUUUGAUCGUGCUAUGAAUCAUCUGAGUAGAGUACAUGGAGAGCCAGUCAGUGACUUCAGUGAUAUUGACUAACAAAGGUUCUACCAAGGCGUGAAAAAUACCACACGCAGACUCGAACUCUACUAAUGAACUUCUUUGUCUAAAAGAAUGUAUUGAAGAUUCAACCCCUUAAUUGUUGAUUCAGUGGCUGAGUUCUGCAAACUUGAAAUAGUAGAGCAAUUCUUCUAAAUCACCAUUGCCAUAUUGAUUAAUGAUUUUAUCGUGUUGUAGUUUGGAGGAUUUUCCACUAAACCUGUUAAAAUGUCUUGUUCAUAGUGUUCAUAAUUGUACAUAAAUGUAUAUUCAACACUUAACUUAUUCUGAUUUUAGAGGUAGCUCUUUAAUUCUUUUUAUAAUUUUGCAGGGGAGGGAGUCGGUUUUUGUUUCCAUGCCUUUUUUUUUUUUUUUCCCCCUUUUCCUUUUAGUUACCUAAGCACCAUCUUCCAGCUUAAGGUGUUUAGUGGAUUUGAAGCCUAAUAUCAAAAUGACAUCAAAUAUAUGUUUGCCUAAAUCGUAUACAAUAUGGUGCUGCUUGUAUCAUUUCUUCCUUGGUCUGUAGCUUCUGAAAAAGACUUCUGAAUGUUUGUGUAAAUCAUUGCUCUUUGCACAAAGUACCACGUAUUUAAGAUUGAUGUAAAUUUACAGUUACAAAUAUGUAUUUUAAGAAAGGAAGUUGCAUUAUUUUGGAGGGUACUUUGUGAGAAAGACGUGAAGAGAAAAAUUAUGCUAUGUACAUCACUUGCAAAUCACCAAAAACACUCCAUUGUUGCCCAAAAUAACUUCUUAUGAUUGUUUUUGUUUUAAACAAACCUGGCUUAAAGCCUGCAAGCACAUUAUUUCUUUCAAAACCAUAUCCCAUUUAUCUCCCAUGGAUUAUAUUAUGUUGCUAUAGUUGCCUCCCUGUGUUUUAUUUAUUGUAGAAAAUGUAUUAAUUUGCUUUAUAAUGAAAAAUAAAAUUGACAAAUAUAUUGAUAUGCAUUUUUAUACAGGCACAUGAGAAGACAACUUGCUUUGGGAGAAAAAUGUAUUGGAAAUUGUAUAAAAUAACUUGAUGGUUUGUGUGUAAUUUGAUUUUUUUUGUAACUUGUAAUCUUUUGUUUCCAAUGAGGGGAUUUAUGUAACUUUUAAUUUAGAACACUUUGGUAGCAAUAGAAACUUUGGAUACAUUUUUGUAUGGUACAUGUGAUGUAUAUAGAAUUAGUACUUUAUUUUUAUUUUUAAGAAGUAAAGCAUUAUGUUUGGGCAGGGGGAAGAAGGAGGGUGGGUUUCCAGAACUGCAUUUUUAUAUUAAAAA